AUGAGCAGUGGGGAUGGCCAUCAUGUGCAUGUCUGGGCUGCAGCGUGCCCUUCUGUCUCUGCUCUCCUCGUGGCCAUUUAUCAGGAAGCCUUUCCUGAGCAUGAAUCAAAACCUGGAGGCGCCACAAAAUUCUUUGGAUUUGACCAGGAUUUGGAGGUUUCCGGCUUUUCUUCAGUGCCUGGGUACAAACCUAAGCGAGGAGAAGGAGGAACAGCAGCCUCUGAGGGAGAAGGGUGCGCUGAUCAUGAGGGAGGAGUAGAGCCCAGACCCUCAAAGAACAGCUCCAGAAGCUCCAGGAAGUUUUAUCACCUACAUUGGAGCGUAAAGGAUGUCACCGAGCGUGCUCUCCAUGAAGCCUUGAAGCGGUCUAAGCUCCCAGGCUUUUCUGGAUUGGCUGUUCAAGAGAUCAUCAACCAAGUCUUGGAGAAGCUGGAAGAAAGCCAAGUCCCAGUGACUGAUUAUGCCCUCAAAUCAUCAGGGGCUGCUGUCAUUCCCGAAUACACAAGUCCAUCCUUCUGGAAUAUGGCAGAUAAAGUCAUCUUGUAUUCCCUGCCAGCGGUGGAUUAUGUGAGAUCUCCUGAGCUUAUUCUUGAGGUAGGAGCACCAAGAAACAGGAAAACAAAAGGGUGGGUGGGGGGUGGGGGUUGCACACAUGCUGCUGAGAGUUGCGUUUACCCUUAUCUUUGCUCCUCAAAGCUUGCUUUUCCUGUCACAUUCUUGUAUGGACCCACUCACUGUCUCCCUGCUGAGCAUUUCCUCUGCCAGACUGCCUCAGGUCCUCCGUUUGAGCCUGCACUGCUGGAGGGCCCCACUCUGUGUUGGCAAGCCCUCCUGGCACUGAUCUUGGGAACACACCCAGCUGCCUGCCUUCACAGUGCUUCUGCAGUGCUGAAGGGGUCUUGUGACAUGUGGAUUCUCAACAACUGCUGCUCUGUUUGGUACUGGCUUUCUGAGGAUGCUGUUGUUUCUAGUAUCGAGUUGAAUGCCAGAGAGGAAAAGACAACUCAUCUCUUCUCCUCCUUUCAGAACGAGCUCUCUGGGUUUGUGAAUUACAUCCUGCUGCAAGUGCUGAGCAACGGGGGCCACCCGGACUACACCUGCAUAUAUCGGUUCAGGGUGCACGGUGAUCCUGUGCAAGGUGGCACUUUGAUCUGA